CCUGCCUUUCAUAUAGUCAUAAAGCUGCUAAUGCUGCGUUUACUGCUGGCCAGUUUGUCGGGUCUGUCGGGUUUGUCGGACCUAUCGUGCGCCGCAUACGACUUUGGCUAUCAUCCCAGCGCCGAGGAGUUCGAUAGCCUGUUGCGCGAGACGCGCAGCUGGACGCGCGAUCUGCUGGCCAGCGAGCGACGACGCGAGAGCUUUGUGCCGCGCUACAACUAUCCAGAACAGACACACAAGCAACACUUGCAACACUUGCAACACCUGCAGCAGCAACAGCAGCAACAGCAGCAGCAGCAGCAACAGCAGGAGCUGGACUUUCAGCUGUUCAGCGAUGAUCAGAAUCUGCAGCAGCCGUAUGUCUAUGAAACGGUAGCAUCUUUGGGGCAGCAGCAGCAACAGCAACAUCUGCAACAGCAACAUCUACAACAGCAGCAACAUCUGCAACAUCAGCAGCAACAUCUGCUGCCGCUACCCGACUCGGUCUAUGGACCAGCGCAGCAUGUGCAGAGCGGACUCAUUGAGAUCACUGAUAAUCUAGCAGCAGCAACAGCAACAAGAAACACCAGCAGCAACAGCAGCAGCAACAGCAGCAGCAGCAGCAGCAGCAGCAACAGCACCAGCAAUUUUCCAAUAUUCUUUACGAAUCCCGCCACCGGCAUUGUCUAUGCCAUUAGCGAGGUGGGCCGCAACACCAAGUCGCAGCCCUGGCCGAGCAAUGGCAGCGACAGCGACGCCAUUGACAUCUAUGUGACCAAGGCGCAGUAUGAUGCCGACCUGGAAGCGCUGCGCCAGCGCUACGAGCAGCAAUGCUCGCUGAAAGCCGCCGCCGCCGACGGAGCCGCAACGCAUUCGGUGCUGUCGACGCCCAGCUUGAGGCCGCCGGCGCGAACGAGCACUGCCCGGCCGCAGAUCAUACGGCUGCAGAAGCCCAAGAAGACGGCGGCGCCGAGCGCCAGCACAGCGGCCGGGCACAACAAAUUGCUGCACAAGCCGCCGCCCAUAAUGGUGGCCAGCGGUGCGACGGGCAGCGUGAGCGAUCAGCUGCUGAAGCUGCCGACGACGACGACGACGACGACGAUGGCGCCGCCGCGCACGCAGAAGCCGAAGCGAAACAGGCGCAAGAAGAAGAAGCGAAAGACAGUGAAGCGACGACCGGGCCACAGGCCAUCCGCCGCGACAACAGCCGGGCCGCAAAUUGUGCUGGGCAAACGGACGACGACGAGCGUCCGGCCGCCCACAGCUGGGCAUACGGCCACGCAGCUGGAGAAGCCGCAUAUGCCGAGGCCGACGACGGCAGCGAUGGGAGCGGGUGGGUUCAUCGAAGUGCCGCAUCGGGUGAGGCGUCGCUCGCUGGAUGCGCUGCCCGGCAGCUCGGCGGGCGCUCGACCCAUCAGCAGCGGUCGAGGCGGGCCGAGGGGCAAGGGCGGCCGGCGACGCAGCUCCAGCAACAGUGGAAGGCGGCCCGUCCGGAAGCCGCAACGUGCCACGCCCAAGCGGCAGGAGAACUCGCCAGCGGGCGACAGUGGCUAUCGGGUGCCACAUGCGGUGCAUCUGCUGCACGCCAGGCACAAUGGCAGCGACAAGGCCGAGGGCAGUGGCAGGGGCAGGAGCCGGAAAGAUGGCAGCGGCGAGGAUGACUUUGAUUUGCUGGAGCUAAUAGCUGACGAUGAUUAUGAUGAUGACAACGAUGAGCACUACUUCGAGGAGGAGGAGGAGGAGGAGCAGGGGGAACAUGUGAAGCGCCACAGCAGCAGCAGCAGCAAGCCGAGGCCGUCGCAGGAGAACAGCAGCUCGGCGGAGGAGGGCGCGGAUUUUGGUGCAAUGGUCGAGGAGCUGCCAAGUGUGAUAGUGAACAACAACAACAACAGCAGCAGCAGCACCAGCACCACUUCAACCACCAGCAGCACCGCUCAGCCAGCCACAGCUGAGCCCGCGACCAGCUCAGAGGAGGAGAAGCAGGAGUCGACGGAGAGCGAAGAGACGCAAUCCUCCACCAAGAACAGUUUGAGCAAAAAGCGCAUCAGACGACGUCCGCCUGGCGAGAGUCACAAUUCCGAUGAAUACUACGACGAGGAGAAAGACGAUAAUGAUAAUGACGACGUUGAUGAUGAUGAUGAGGAGGAGGAGGAGGAGGAGGACACUGGCAUUGGCAGCUUCUUUCGCAUGAUCUUCUAUCCGGUGCAAGUGGCGAUGGCGCGCAUCUUUGAUGGCUUCGGCGGCCAGUCCGAGGAGGAGAACACGGAGGUCAGCACCAAGCCGAAAUAUCCCAGCUAUACGCUCUACCACAGCGCGCACAGCAGCAAGGGCGACGCUGCCAGUGCAGAGGGGCAGGACGGCAAUGAUGAUGAUGCUGAUGAUGAGGAUGACGACGACGACGACGACGAUGAUGGCGGCUCGCUGAGCAGCUGGUUCGGCUCCUGGUUCGGGCUGAGGCGACGCACCAAAAAGAUUGGCAGCACCACAGCAAUGCCAGUGGCAGCACUGCCGCGGCCGACGCCAGCGCCAGCCACAACCACUGAGCCACCCGGCUGGCUGGAGUCGUGGUUCGGCUUUGGCAAGGCCACCACGGAAUCGUCCAGCGAGGAGUCCGACUAUGACAAGUGGUUUGCCGGCUGGUUUGAUCCGACGCCCAAGCCAAAGACGCGUCGCCGCAAAACGACAACAUCGACAACAACAACAACAACAUCGACGACAACAACAACUCUGCCCACACCCCAAGUGCCCAUACUGACGAUUGUGGAUCCAUUGCGUAAUCCACAGAAUUGGAUUGGCAUUCUGGCCCAUCACAUUGUGAACGCAACGGCUGGCGGAGCGGGUGGUGCCGGUGGCGGUGCCUCUGCUGUCUCCAGCACCACCAAGAAUCCACUGCUGCAGGCGCUGGUCACCCGUGUGACCAGCACGACGACGGCUCAGCCGGAGCUGCCGCGUCGCAUCAGCUACGACAAGUACCAGAUAUGGCGACUGAAGCCGCAGGAUGAGCCUCAGGUUCGGGCACUGGAGCAGUUCAAGAAGGGCGAGGAUGGCAACAAGCUGCAGUGGCUAAAGGGACCCAGUCUCAGAGGCCUCACCGACGUCCUGGUGCCGCCCAAGAUGCUGGUCGACUUUCAGGGCACGCUUAACUUUGAGGGCAUUGCCCACGAGGUGCUCAUCUUUGAUGUGGGCAAGGCGAUCGCCUACGAGCGCCACAAGGAGGAGUAUCUGUACACGACACCAGCGGCGACCAGGCGACCCACCAAGCAGCCGAGCGCACCACCGCCCAUGACCUGGAACAGGUAUUACGAGUACGACGACAUUUUGCACUACCUGGAGACGUUGCGCAUGCGUCAUACCCAGCUGAUCGAGCUGAUUCACAUCGGACGCUCCUUCGAGGGUCGUCCCCUGAUCGUGGUCAAGAUCGAGUCGAAGCAAAUGGCCGCCGCAGCGACCGCUGCAGCCGCUUCCAGUCACAAGCGCCUGAAGCACAAACAUCGCUCCGGCCGUGCCAAUGCGGUGUUCAUUGAGGCCGGUGCGCACGGCUUGGCCUGGAUUGGACCCGCCACAGCGACCUGGAUGAUCAGCGAACUGGUGCGCCUGAUGCGCACGAACAAAACCGAUGAGGAUCACGAGUUUAUACGCAACACGACGUGGUAUAUAAUGCCCGUGCUGAAUCCGGACGGGUAUGUGUAUAGCCAUGAGUACGAUCGCUUCUGGAAGAAAUCCCGUUCACAGCAUGUGGCCAAGGCACCCGCUGGGCUGCUCGACUCGGCAAUGACGUGGCUGCAGCAGAAGCGGCCUGGUGAUAAGAUUUGCUAUGGCGUCGAUCUGGAUCGCAAUUGGCUGUAUCAUUGGGGCAAGCGGGGCAGCUCAAAGGCGCCAUGCAAUGAGUUUUAUGCGGGUCCGUCGCCCUUCUCGGAGCCGGAAACCAAAGCUCUGUCUGACUUCCUAAUGGACUAUCGUAAACAGAUCAAGCUGUAUAUAUCGCUGCAGGCCUACGGCCAAGUUUUGUCGUAUCCGGUCAAGGCCAAUUCGACCUUCAACUCGGAGCGCAUGGAUGACUUCCUGGACGUGGCGAUGGUGGGCACGGAUGUGCUGCGACGCAGGGGCAGCAAGGCGCGCUACAAGGUGGACUCGGCCAACGAUUUGAUUGAGCAGCGUUCGGGGUGUGCGGAUGCCUUUGCCGCCUACGAGAUUGGCAUACCCUUUAGCUAUACACUCCAGCUGGCGGAUAAUGGGGUGCAUGGCUAUCUGUUGCCCAGCGGCGCCAUUGAGAGCACAGCGCGUGAUGCCUUUGAGAUAGUUAGCGCGAUGCUGGAUUACAUCUGAGACGAUGCGAUGGGGUUGUUAGAGGAGGAUGCGAAUGUCAACGAUUAGUUCCUUUUCGACUGCGAUUUGGCUACGGAUACGGAUUCGCAUUCCUGCGCUUACAAUAUUAAGGACGAAACCAACGCUAUAUAUUAUAUAUAUGUAUAUGUAUAUAUGAGUACAAUA